AUGUCAACCAUUCAACCUCCCCACUGGAAACCCAUAGUCCUCGCAAAACGCGCGGCUCAACAAGCCCUUAUCCCAGCAGAAUGGCUUCUCCCAGAAUCAAUCUCAUCUAGACCCCCUCUAUCAAGCCUCGAUGCAAUCCGUUCAAGUGGGAUCCUCUCACCAGAUGAGUUAGCAUGGACGGACAAAACCGAUAUCCAAGAUCUAGUCUCGGCUAUUAAAUCCCGUCAUGUGACAAGUUUGCAACUUACAAUUGCAUUCUGUAAACGUGCCGCUAUUGCGCAGCAGCUGACGAAAUGUCUGACGGAAAUAUGUUUUGAGAGAGCGCUUAAGCGGGCACGGGAGUUGGAUGAGCAUCUUGGGCGGACGGGUGAGGUUGUUGGACCUUUGCAUGGAAUUCCUGUGUCGAUUAAGGACCGGUUUGAGAUUGAGGGACUUGAUACUACCGUUGGUUGGAUUGGCCUCAUCGGUAAACCGGCAAAAUCCUCGAGCGAGAUUGUACAGCUACUCGAGUCGAUGGGUGCAAUCAUGUAUGUCAAGACGAAUAUUCCCCAAUCUCUCAUGAUGGCCGAUUCCUACAACAAUGUAUUCGGACAAUCCGUCAACGCAUUCAACUACAACCUCAUCUCCGGUGGUAGUUCCGGUGGCGAGGGAGCUCUCAUCGGAUGCGGAGGUAGCAUCCUAGGCAUUGGUACAGAUAUCGGUGGUUCAAUUCGAGUACCCUCUGCCUUACAGGGACUCUAUUCUAUUUUCCCAACCACAGGACGAGUACCAUGGGAUUGCUCAUUCCGACACCAACAUUACCUCGUUCCACCUGUCGCGGGCCCAAUGGCUUCUUCACUAGCAACGACGGAAUACUUCAUGCAAAGUCUCUUAGCCUCGCAUCCUUGGGAUAUUGACCCAUCUGCAAUUCCCAUUCCGUGGAGAACGGACCUUGCUACCCCGCCUACUGACCGGAAACUCAGAAUCGGUGUGGUCAUCGACGACGGGGUUGUGAAACCCCAGCCACCUGUUACGCGGGCAAUGAAUGAAACUAUCCAUGCAUUACGUGCAGCGGGACACGGAAUAAUCGAAUGGGAUACAUCCCUUCACACUCCCGCAACGGAAAUGUGGUACAAAGCUAUUUUAGGGGAAGGAGGCGUCCACUGUCGCGAACUAUGCAAGCUAGUCAACGAGCCCCUGAUAGAGGGUAUGCUUGUUGGCACGGAGGAGGAUAUGCUAGACAUCGAUGAGCGUGGGAAAAUAGAACAAGAAAAAUAUGUUCUGUCAACCGCCAUGCUGAAACAAUGGCUUGAUACGCAUAUCGAUGCUCUGGUGAUGCCUGUCAUCCCGUGGGUUGGGUAUAAGCCUAAGACGUGGGUGAAGAGUAAGCAGUGGGUUGGGUAUACUGGGAUGUGGAAUUUGUUGAAUUAUGCGUCUGUUACUGUGCCGGUUGGUAAGGCGGAUCGAGAGCUUGAUUCUGUGGGUGGAGGGAAGGAUGUCGAGUGGGAGGAACAUUCUACCAGGAAUGAGUCUGAUUCGUUCAAUUAUGAGCAGUAUGAUAUUGAGCUUGUGCAUGGAAUGCCUAUUUGUGUGCAGAUUGUUGGUGGAAGAUUUGGUGAAGAGAAGGCCGUUGCGGUGGCAAAGGUAGUGGAUGAGUUGAUGAACCCGACUCCAUUCCAUCCGUUUAGUUGA